AUACUGAAUAGAAGUUGACCUUAAAGACUUGAUGCACUCAUAAAAACUUGUACUAUGGUAAAUUGGUUAUCAAAAUUUCCAUGUAGACAAAAUUUCCGCACAAAAACUCCCAUCUAAUUAAUUAACAAAAGGUCACACUAUGUUCUUCCUAUACUCAAGGGAUGGCAUCCGUGCAUACAUAUGCUUAAGCAUAAUCACCCUUCUCUUAAGUAUUCCCAUCCUUGUGAUGGGAAUAUGGCUUAAACAACAGCUAAGUACCGAGUGUGAGGCGUUCCUAAACGCGCCUUUCCUCACCCUCGGAACCCUCAUUCUAGUCUUCUGCAUUGCCGGCAUUUGUUGGGCAACACGGCUUCAAGGGCUACAGCUUUGUUGCCAUGGUUACAUAAUGUUUGUCCUUCUUUCGACUCUCUUAGGGUACACCAUAUUCGCGCUUGUGGUUAGUGGUAAGGGAGGUGGUGAGCCUUUGGCUAGGAGAGCUUAUAAAGAGUAUAGACUUGAAGAUUACUCUUCUUGGCUUCAUAAGAGGGUUGAUAACUCUAAGCAUUGGACUAAUAUCAAGAGUUGUCUCCAUAAGAGUCAAGUUUGUUCAAAGUUCCAUGAUAAGUUUGGUCAAGACACCCAACAACAAUUCUUCUCUAGGCGUUUGUCCUCCAUUGAGUCUGGUUGUUGUAAGCCAUCGAAUGAUUGCAAUUUCAACUACACAAGCCCAACUGAAUGGAUAAAGCCCAACGACGGCAUCUACUCAAAUACAGAUUGCAACAAAUGGGAAAAUGAUAAAGAUGUACUUUGCUUCAACUGCCAAGCAUGCAAGGCAGGUUUAGCCGAUGAUGUCAAACGUCAUUGGAAGAAAACAGGAAUUGUUAGCAUUAUUUUCGUUAUCUUACUCAUCCUUUUUUCUUUUAUGGGUUGCAUUGUUAUAGAAAACCCUUAAUUCUAUAGCGCGUUUUUACUUAUGUACUUGUGUAUCUCUUUCGGUCUCAAUAUUUACAAAGUGAUAAAUUGUGGUCAUA